AUAUUUAACGAAACUGCAUUUAACGAAACCAAGAGUGACAACAAAACGACAGCUUAUGUGGAGAAAUCGUGUAUUUAAGGCUGUCUGUGCCAAAACAAAAACAAAUAUAUGCUGAUUGUUAUUCGUAAGACAGACAAGUCGAUUACGUAGCCGUUGCAAGGCUUUUAAAAAGCUAGGAAGUUUUGCCAAGAAUUCUGUGCUUACAAGUACAACAUAACAAAAACUUAUCGAUACUUCCAGCAACAGCGCCCUAACAUUCUCGAUUUGCAUAUAGCAGAGCAAUAACAGAGCUUUACGUAUCUAAAUAAAUACCGUAUCUGACAGAUGCGUGCCAAAGCAUUGCGGUAUUGUUUUUGUGUGCGUGAGUGGAGAAGCAAAUUCUAAAUUGGUUUUUAUAUAAGCGCCGUGGAUGCUUUUAAACAAUUACCACACGCAUAAUAAAUUUAUCAAUUUUUAUACACUCGAAAAUACACACACAUUCGUGCUUGUGCUUGUGACUGUGCUACCAACGCAACAAGGAAAAACUCCCAUGACAACGCUGAAUAAUAAACGACAACAACAACACUAGCAACGGCAAGUGUGCGAUAAAGUAAAUAUGCAUAUGGGCAGACACAAUUAAAAAUACACCAAGAAGGGCAAAUCAGCUUGUGUUCCGCGCACCGAGUCCCCCAACGAGCGCGCCCAGCCCCAGACAAAGCACAUGUACACAUAUGUAUAUGUAUAUGCAUGAAUGUGCGUGUAUGUGUGCGUGUGAGCCACCUGCUGCUGCUGCUGCCCUGGGCCAGUCCCAGUGUACAACAACUCUAAAGUGACCAGCGUCGGCAGCACCAGUCCCAGUCCCCGCCACACUCCAACGAAAGUAGCGCGAGCAGCAAAAGAAGCUGCGGCGGCAGCAGCAGCAACAACAACAGCUACAAUAAGAACAUGAACGCCAGCCUAAUAUACGAGAUACUCAUGUAUCUAAAUUCGUUCUAUUUUGGCAUGUACGCCGCAUUCGAGGUGGGCGUGGGCGUUCUAAAGGCAAUCAAUCUAGAAUAUGGAGAAAACAUUUUGUCACGUGAGGCGACCAUCUUGCUCUCGUUGUUCAUCAUCGAAACGCUGCGCAUCGUCUUUGGUCGCAAGAGCAGCCUCAGUGAUCGUGGCUGGCAAGCAACCGCGUCCGUAAUAUUAACACUGCCCAGUCUAGCUAUUGUUAUUUAUUUAUGUUGUUUUCAAACCUUUGUUCUUAAGCUCGAAAUUAUUCUGAGUGCCUUAAUGAUCAUUCUACAAGGUGCUGAACUAGUCUACGCCAGCAUAUUCAUUUGUACAAUGUGUCGACCCGUUACAUAUACCUAGCAGUUGGUUAACGUUGCCACGUCGAUGCCGAUGUCAGCAACAGCAACAACAACAGAAACAACAGCAACAGCAAAAACAACUGCAGCAAUGCAAGUAAAUGAAGCUGCAUUGAUACGACGACGACAACGCAUCCUUUGGCAUAAUUACAUCAAACUCUUUACGUUUAAGUUGAGCGAUAUUGGUGUAUAAAGAGCGAAUCACGAACCGCAACCAUAAACUCACACACACGCACAAACCUCUAAGGAUAUACUAACCCCAGAC